CUCCCGAGCCCCGCCGACUCCUGCUGCUGCUUCUGCUACCGCCGCCGCCGCUCCUGCAUUUCGGUCUGUCCGGCCCGGCCUGGUCCGCGCAGUCCCGGAGCGGCCCCGCUGUCCCGCCCCCGCGCGCCCGGCCACCGGGCCACAUCCACAGCAUGAGCGGCCUUCGGGUCUACAGCACCUCGGUCACCGGUUCCCGGGAGAUCAAGUCCCAGCAGAGUGAGGUGACCCGCAUCCUGGAUGGGAAGCGAAUCCAGUACGAACUGGUGGAUAUCUCCCAGGACAACGCCCUGCGGGAGGAGAUGAGGACCCUGGCCGGGGACCCCAAGGCCAUCCCACCCCAAAUAUGCAACGGGAACCAAUACUGUGGGGACUAUGAGCUCUUCGUGGAGGCAGUGGAACAGGACACCCUGCAGGAGUUCCUGAAGCUGGACUGACCCCCACAGACUGACCAAAUCCCUACCCCCGACCUCCUCUCCCAGCCCUGAAGGACCCUGGGACCAAUUUCUAUCCCUGUACUGUAUAUCCACUUUUCAAUUCCAGCCCCCUUUGCCCCCUCCCUGACAUGCCCACAUGGCCUUUUAUUCCUCCUUCCGAAUCCCGGACCUGGACCAUUCCAUCCCCUUUAGGCUCCAUUCCAUGCCCAUCAGGCAGUCUUAUUAACUCGGAACAUCCGUGCUCCUUCCCCUCCCCCUCACUCCUCGGCCAGCACUGGGGCUCUGGGGAGGGAUCCUCCCUCGUGCUGCCACCCCUCCCAGAGGCAGCCACCUGGUGACCAGCUGAGCGGGGGCGUGCCCGGCCCAUGACCCUCGGGCCGCAGGUCCUGAGAGGAGAUUAAAUGUUCUGUUCCAGUUG